GUACGUUAAUCAGGUGACUUUGAUCAGCUGACUCCCUGCAGAAAGAACAUGGGUGAUGAGACAGAAAACCAAUGAGUAAGUUACAUGGCCAAAAUCGAGCUGUGUCUCUGCUAUCUAAAGCAAGUUCAUGUAGUUUGAGAAUAUAACAGGAUAAUAGAAGACAGAGUGCCAACACGGUCCAGAGGUGCUGUGCCCGAAACCAUGGAAAACGGUCCCAGUAAUUAUAAUGGCGAGGAGAAGCAGAUCUGGGAGAGACCCUGGACGCUAGAGGAGAUGCGCAAAAACAGUGCAAACUGGUCUUUGGCUGCUGAUUCGGGGCUGUUCCUUUUCCUCCAAGACUUCUCUCAGAGGAUGCUGUCAAAAACCCAUGAGAUUGAAAAACAGCUUGAUGGUCUUAUCCGUGACACCAAAGCAACAGACAGCUGCCUGCAUACAGUCUUUAAUGAUUUCCUCAUGCUCUCCAACACACAGUUCAUUGAAAAUAGGGUGUAUGAUGAAGAGGUCGAAGAACAUCCAGCAAAACCUGAAGCACCUGAGAAACAGCCUGAGCUAGAGAAAACACGUGAACAGAAGGAGGCUGAGCUGAUUCCGAAGGUGCAGGAGGCGGUGAACUAUGGUCUGCAAGUGUUGGACUCUGCCUUUGAACAGCUGGACAUUAAGGCAGGCAACUCCGACUCUGAGGAUGAGGAGGCCACAGAUCGUGUGGAGCCCAUUCUGGAGCCCAAGGACUUGUAUGUAGACAGACCAUUGCCUUACUUGAUUGGAUCUCAGCUUUUCAUGGAGACUGAUGAUGUGGGACUUGGAGAUCUUUCAAGCGAAGAAAUGUCCAUUGAUAGUGAUCGGGAUAGUGUGGCGGAGAGUGAAGAGGGCAAAGAUAGAGAUCAAUCAGAUGAGGACUUUGACCAAGAAGAAGAUGGCCAAGGCAGCAUCAAGAAAAAGUCCUCUAUCUUAAGUUAUGACGAGGAUGAAGAAGAAGAUGAAGAUUCUGACAUAUUUGGUGAAUCUGACAAGGAAGAAGACAGUGAAGGAAAGGCUUCCGCUGGGCCAUCCUCCUUUGCUGAUGAGCUUGCCGCCAGGAUCAAAGGUGAACCCACCAAUAAGCCUGAGCCAGCUCGUGCAGCGUCAUCAUCCAUUUCAUCCAUCACAAAGAAGAAGAGUAAAGGAAACAAACCAGCUCGUCCACAGGUUGAGGAGGAGGAAGAAGACGAUGAGAUCUUCAAACCACCAAAACUGGAGGAUGAUGACUACUCACCAUUUGGGGGAAAGGGUGGCCUCUUCAGCGGCGGCAAAGGCUUGUUUGAUGAUGAUGACGAGGGAGAUCUGUUCUCUGAUGCUCCCAAGCAGGAACCAGAAGGAAGAGGACAGAGUUCAGCAGCAACGACAGAAUCUGUCAAAUCUAAGAAGAUACCCUCUAGCGCAGUGCCUGUAUUUCCAGCAAAUAGCCUCUUUGGUUCUCCAAAUGACUCUGAUUCUGUCGAAAGCCAAGAGAAUGGAGACUCGCUCAAGCCUAAACCACCGCCGAUGCAGAAACGAUCAACUGGCGGCGGAGGGCUCUUUGAUGAGGAGGAUGAAGAGGAGGAUGAUGAUUUUUUCAGCGGGAAGACUCUCAAAAAGCCCAGCCCGACAGAACAGGAGAACCCCAAAUCAAAGAAAGCCGUGGAUCUGUUUGGGGGUGAGGAUGGAGAUGAGGCAGACAUGUUCAGGGAGGGCUCCAGUGGUGCUCCCGCACAGCCCAGCAGGAGAGAGCCCCCUGAAGACGGAGACAACAAGGCUCAAGUCCCAGAGAAGAAGAUGCCUGCUGGGGCUGUUUCCAUGUUUGGUCCUGGCACUAAGAGCUUGUUAGUGGAAGGGCUGAGAAAACGCCAGCCAUCCACCAGCGAGGAGUCUGAGAAAGCAGAGAAUGAGCCUCCCGUGGACAUUAAACCAGCAGCCUCUAAGCCACUGGAGAAGAAGGCACAGAGCAGAGGUCUAUUCUCAGAUGAUGAGGACUCACAGAUCUUUCCAAGCAUGACCAAGAGCCAGUCCAAACCUGAACCUACCACUCAAGCCAAACUCAGCAAGGCUGCUCCCUCCAUAUUUGACGACGAAGAUGAGGAAGAUCUGUUUUCUUCAGCACCCAAGCCUAAAUCCAUUCAGCCUGGGACGGGAACAAAGCAGGGGUCAAGGCCAGGGCCCUCUUCUCUCUUCAGUGAUGAUGAGGAUCAGUGGAUGGGCUCCAGCGCAGCUCCGGUGAAGCCAGAGGUUAAGACUGGGGGCAUAAAGACAAGCGUGAGCGCCCCCUCCAGUCUGCCCACUGCCAAAGCAACACAGAAAGUCAGUCUGUUCGAUGACAACGGAGACGACCUGUUUGCUGCCACAAAGGAGUCCAGUCAGAAAAAGCCACAGAGAGUGUCAUUGAUGUUUGAAGACGAAACUGAAGAUGAUGAGAGAGAUUCCCUCUUCGGUUUUAUGCCUGCUAAUAAUAACACAGUCCCCAGUGCAAAAGUGGCUGCUGUUGACCCUGCACCCCCGUCGCUGCCUGCUGGGAUAACGCCAGAUGAGAAGGUUCCGGCAUCUGUGCCAGAGAGGGCACCCGAGGAGAAGACCGAGGCGGGACCGCUCCCGCAGUCACCGCCAUCUCUGCCCCAGGAAGCCGACGAGGCGAAGAAGAAGCCUGCCGGCGCCGUCAGUCUGUUUGGGGGAAUCGAUGUGCUUGGCGAGAAGCCAGAGUUUCUGAAGCCGAGCACAAGUCUGCUGGAGGAUGAUGAUGAUGAUGAUGGUGAAGAUGGCCCACCACCGCUGGUGAAGAGUGGACAGAAAGUUACAUUAAGUCUGUUUGAUGAGGAUUACGACGAUGCUGAUGAGGAGGAGACCAAUGGGGGUCCACCUGUCUCUGUAUCUACCGAAACAGCAACCAAAAACACACUCAAGGAGCCAAGGUCAGGUACCAAAAGCACCGGCGUUUUUCAGGACGAGGAGCUUCUCUUCAGUCAGACACAGCAGAAGGACAACGACCCGGAUGUUGACCUUUUUGCCACCUCAGUCAAAUCCACUAGUCCCUUACCUGCAUCAGUGAAGCCAGUGGUUCCUUCACUGUUUGGGGAUGAGGACGAGGAUGACCUCUUUGCCUCUACCAAGCCCAAAGCACCUCCAAAGGUUGCUGAGAAGCCUGCUAAACCUCAGAAAGAGGAAUCAUCCGUCAAACCUGUCAGUGCCACAACAUCAACUGAGAAUGAGCAGCCACCAAAGCCUGUAAAACCUAAAGGGCCCACCUCUCGGAUUGGAAAACUUCAAGCUAGCCUGGUCAUCAACCCCAGCAGCCUCCUGCCAGGAGCAGUGCCGCGGAUCCCCGGAGCUGUCAGCGUUCUCCCAGGCCUGGUGCCCUCCGCAGCAGCCAGCUCUUCCAGCAUCUCCCCCACAACUCCACUGCCAAGCCCAGCCAGCACACCCACGCAGCCCCACGCGCCCACUGAGCUAGGUGUGAGCUUCGACAGCCCGGCACAAGUCAGCACACUGCAAAGUGCCAACAAGGGUCGCACCAAAGGAGCAGUCCGCCGGCGGCCCCAGUCCCGGUCAGCCAGGCAACAAGCAUCCCAAAACACAGAGGAGCCCAAGGGCGAGAGCCCAGGGGAGAAUUCAAGCAUUGGAGCGGGCCCCGGCCACGGCCUAGCCACUGCCUCCCCUCUACCCAACCCCAACCCCACCUCCACCCCUUCCUCCCCCCCGCUCCCCUCUGUCCUCUCGCAGCCGGCCACCCCCCCCCUGGAGAAGGACUCCACACAGGCAGUCAGGCCCAAGAGGCCCCUUGUGACUGCGGUGGCUGACGAUGGGGAGGACCUUUUUGGUUCUGACCACCUCUUUGCCCCCAUCCCUAAACUCACACCCUCCCCCAAACCCAAAACGAAAACUCCCGCGGAGGUCCCCGUCAGUGCUCCUAAGAAGGAUCCCGCUCCCUCCAUUUUUGAUGGCCAAGGAGGUGACCUCUUUGGAGUGGGGAAGCAGAAGUCUGCCAAGAAGGGCAAAGCCGUUCCGUUCCUGGUGGAGGAGGAUGAUGAUGACCUGUUUGGAAUUAGUAAAAGCAUUGGUAAAACUUCAGCCAGUAAAGACUUGAAUGCUGGAGGCACUUCUGCAAAUCAGGACAUUUUCCAGGACACAAUUGAGACGACACCUAACGUUUCUAAGAAGCUGAAAGAAAAAUCCUUGGAUGCAAGCUUGUUUGAUGACAAUGUUGACAUUUUUGCUGACUUGACUCCAAAACCAAAACCUAAAGAGAAAAAAUCUAAGAAGAAGGUUGAGACCAAAUCCAUAUUUGAUGAUGAUAUGGAUGAUAUCUUCUCAUCUGGAACCACUAAGCCGGCGGCGAAGCCCCCCUCCAAAGCCAAGAAGGCGCAGCCUGCCCUUGAUCCUAGUACAACAGAGGACUCCAGCUCCAGUAUUUUUGAUGAUCCUUUAAAUGUCCUGGGGGGGAACUGAUUUUUUUUUUUUUUUUUAAUAGAGGCCUUCAGUUAUGUUAUCCAUAAUUGUUUUUUGUUGAGGACACAAUAAGGGUUAAAGAGACUGUAUUAACACUGUUAAUAGUUUAUUUAUAAUUUCAUCGGCAACCUUUUACGAUAUUGACCAGAGGUGGUAAAGAAUCAUUGUGUAAUGGCCUUUGUAGACUCAUCUGAUUUAACAGGUUAUUUAAUAGUAAUUAACUGCCAUUCUGUAAAUGUUCCAUUUGUUGUAAUACACAUCAUGACGGCACUUUAAGCAUGAAUUUUACCUUGUGUAGAUAGAGUAUAUGUCAUUUAUAUAAAUAAAUCAUUGAUCUGUGAACUUA